UCCGAGGCUGUAGGUAUGGCAAGAAAUGGUUAGUUAAGUCCAGAAGUUUUGCCUGUUUCCCUGCUUUGAUUUUCCUGUUUUAGACCCAGAUUGAUUAAAUAGUAUAAUCUACUAUGUGCCCAUGUUUAGAUCUAAACUAAGCAAAAUUUCACCCUGUUGUAUCUGACAAAAAGAAAAACAAAACAAAAAGGGAAGAUUUGCUGCUCAAAAACAGAUAUCUGACACCUCCCCAAUGACAUAGGGGCGUUGGAAUCUGGUCUGGAGAAUCAAACAACUUGUCCCGUCAGCUCUUCUUCUUCGUCUUCUUCUUCGAGGAAUCCUAGAAUGCAAAGCAAUUAUUAAGUUUACUUAAUUGCCACAAAAGAACCGUUAUCGAUCGAUCAUAGGAAAAGGGUGUCUGUCACAUGAAUAAGUUCCCGGAUGUUUUGUGUGGUUGGAGCUGGGAGGAGAACAAGUUGUUCGAGCUGUCUCUAGCUGUGGUAGAUGAACGACAUCCGGAUCGUUGGGAAGUGGUUGCUGCCAUGGUUGGAGGGGGAAAAACUGCGGAAGACGUGCAUAAACAUUAUGUGAUACUCUUGGAGGAUUUGCAGUUUAUCGAAUCGGGUAAACUCGAUCAUGAACUCGGAGAAAUGCAGCCCUGGAUUCAAGUCGACUGCACUAAAUCUGUUUGCUGGACUGAUGAUGAUAAUAAUUUUUUCCGCUCUCAGCUUGCUGGUUCGAUUGGACAUAAAUUGAUCCUCAGAGCUAUUGUUCUUCUGGUUUAUGAAAAGCAGAUUUGGUUGGUAGUGGCUGUGCCAAAACUCACGUCCCACAAGAAUUCAGGGUUUAUUAUUGUUUCGCUUCUAAGGCUAUAUCCGUUGUUCCUUGAUGUAAUUCACUCUCUUCAUUGUAAAAACAGAAAUUCUGGUAAAGACUUCAACUUUUCAAUCUGUAGAUAGUGGAAAUGGUUCUUGGACCCUGUUUUCCUUGUCUUUC